AGACCAGACUCCCCUGUACCCAGCUGUGUGUCCAUGAAGAGUGACCGGUCUAUGGAUGAUCCUAUUCUGUUCAAAGAUGGACAGCACUCCACUCAGCAAAGAGUCCACCAGCAGAGCUCAGAGCCUCCCAGUGGUUGGCCAGCCCCGGAGCAUCAGACAGACCUGGACUCCAUAUUUAAGAUGCUGGAGGAGAACGCUGUCACUUUUGUGAAGAAUGAGCUGAAAAGGAUGCAGACGAUUCUGAAUCCAGAUGACCCAGAAUGCUUAGGGAAGCAGAGAGUGGAUGAGGAGGUGAUGGACGAUGAGGAGGAAGAGCAGAGGAGCAGCAUCAGAGAGGCUUUUCUGCAGAUCACACUGCACCUCCUGAGGGGAAUGAAGCAGGAGGAGCUGGCUGACCUUCUGUACAGCAAAACCUUUGCUCCAGUGUGCCAACGUAAACUCAAAUCUAAUCUGAAGCAGAAGUUUCAGUGUGUGUCUGAGGGGAUUGCCAAAGCAGGAAACUCAGCACUUCUGAACCAGAUCUACACAGAGCUGUACAUCACAGAGGGAGAGAGUCAAAAGGUCAAUGAUGAACAUGAAGUCAGACAGAUUGAAACAGCAUCCAGGAAACCAGCAGGAACAGAAACAGUAAUAAAAUCUGGAGACAUCUUUAAACCUUUACCUGCAAAAGAUCAGCCAAUCAGAACACUGAUGACAAAGGGAGUGGCUGGCAUUGGGAAAACAGUCUUAACACAGAAGUUCACUCUGGACUGGGCUGAAGACAAAGCCAACCAGCAUGUCCACUUCACCUUUCCAUUCACUUUCAGAGAGCUGAAUCUGCUGAAAGAGAAAAAGUUCAGUUUUGUGGAACUUCUUCAUCUCUUCUUCACUGAGACCAAAGAAACAGGAAUCAGAAAAUUUGAUCAGUUCCAGGUUGUGUUGAUCUUUGACGGUCUGGAUGAGUGUCGACUUCCUCUGGACUUCAACAACAACCAGAUCCUGACUGAUGUUACAGAGUCCACCUCAGUGGACGUUCUGCUGACAAACCUCAUCAAGGGGAACCUGCUUCCCUCUGCUCGCCUCUGGAUAACCACACGACCCGCAGCAGCCAAUCAGAUCCCUCCUGAGUGUGUUGACAUGGUGACAGAGGUGAGAGGCUUCACUGACCCACAGAAGGAGGAAUACUUCAGGAAGAGAUUCAGAGAUGAGGAGCAGGCCAGCAGAAUCAUCUCCCACAUCAAGACGUCACGAAGCGUCCACAUCAUGUGCCACAUCCCAGUCUUCUGCUGGAUCACUGCUACAGUUCUGGAGGACAUGUUGAGAACCAGUGAGGGAGGAGACCUGCCCAGGACCCUGACUGAGAUGUACAUCCACUUCCAGCUCGUUCAGUCCAAAGUGCAGAACAUCAAGUAUCAUGACAGAGCUGAGACAGAUCCACUCUGGACUCCAGAGACCAGGGAGAUGAUCCUGUCUUUGGGAAAACUGGCUUUUGAGCAGCUGGAGAAAGGCAACCUGAUCUUCUAUGAAGCAGACCUGGCAGAGUGUGGCAUUAACAUCAGAGCAGCCUCAGUGUACUCAGGAGUGUUCACACAGAUCUUUAAAAAGGAGCGUGGGCUGUACCAGGACAAGGUUUUCUGCUUCAUCCAUCUAAGCCUUCAGGAGUUUCUGGCUGCAGUUUAUGUCUUUCUGACCUUCACCAACUCCGGUUUCAAUCUACUGAAAGAAAGACAGCAAACCUCAAAAUAUAGCAAAAAUAUAGAAGAACUCUACCAGAGUGCUGUGGACAAGGCCUUACAGAGUCCAAAUGGACAGCUGGAUUUGUUUCUCCGCUUCCUCCUGGGUCUUUCAAUGAAGACCAAUCAGACUCUCCUACGAGGCCUGCUGACAGAGACAGGAAGUAGCUCACAGACCAACCAGGAAACAGUCCAGUACAUCAAAGAGAAGAUCAGAGAGAAUCCAUCUCCAGAAAGUAGCAUCAACCUGUUCCACUGUCUGAAUGAGCUGAAUGACAAUUCUCUAGUGGAGGAGAUCCAACAGGUCCUGAGUUCAGGAAGUCUCUCCAGAGUCAGACUCUCUCCUGCUCAGUGGUCAGCUCUGGUCUUCAUGUUGCUGUCAUCAGAAGAAAAACUGGAUGUGUUUGACCUGAAGAAGUACUCUGCUUCUGAGGAGGCUCUUAUGAAACUGCUUCCAGUGGUUGAAGUCUCCAAAACAUCUCUGCUGAGUGGCUGUAAUCUGUCAAAGAGAAGCUGUGAGGCUCUGGCCUCAGUUCUCAGCUCCCAGUCCUCCAGUCUGAGAGAGCUGGACCUGAGCAACAACCACCUGCAGGAUUCAGGAGUGAAGCGUCUCUCUGCUGGACUGGAGAGUCCAAACUGUAGACUGGAGGCUCUCAGGCUGAGUGGCUGUAAUCUGUCAGAGAGAAGCUGUGAGGCUCUGGCCUCAGUUCUCAGCUCCCAGUCCUCCAGUCUGAGAGAGCUGGACCUGAGCUACAACCACCUGCAGGAUUCAGGAGUGAAGCGUCUCUCUGCUGGACUGGAGAGUCCAAACUGUAGACUGAAGACUCUCAGGCUGAAUCAGAGCGAGCUCACAGAGAGAAGCUGUGAGGCUCUGGCCUCAGUUCUCAGCUCCCAGUCCUCCAGUCUGAGAGAGCUGGACCUGAGCAACAAUGACCUGCAGGAUUCAGGAGUGAAGCGUCUCUCUGCUGGACUGGAGAGUCCAAACUGUAGACUGGAGACUCUCAGGCUGUCAGGCUGUCUGCUCACACAGGAAGGCUGUGCUGCUCUGGCCUCAGCUCUGAGCUCCAACCCCUCCCAUCUGAGAGAGCUGGACCUAAGCUACAAUCAUCCAGGAGCCUCAGGAGAGAAGCUGCUCUCUGCUGGACUGGAGGAUCCAACCUGGAGCCUGGAGGCUCUCAGGCUGUCAGGCUGUCUGCUCACACAGGAAGGCUGUGCUGCUCUGGCCUCAGCUCUGAGCUCCAACCCCUCCCAUCUGAGAGAGCUGGACCUGACCUACAAUCAUCCAGGAGCCUCAGGAGAGAAGCUGCUCUCUGCUGGACUGGAGGAUCCAACCUGGAGACUGAAGACUCUCAGUGUGGACCAUGGUGGAGAGCAGAGGUUGAAACCAGGCCUGAGGAAGUAUUCCUGUCAAGUCAAACUGGACCCAAACACAGCAAACAGACACCUCAAACUGUCUGAGGACAACAGGGAGGCGACGCAGAUGAGGAAGAAGCAGCCAUAUCGUCGUCACCCAGAGAGAUUUGAGAGAUAUCAACAAGUGCUGUGUGGAACUGGUCUGACUGGGAGGUGUUACUGGGAGGUCGAGUGGGAGGGAUGGGUUAAUAUCGGAGUGACUUACAGAGGAAUCAGCAGAACAGGAGACAGUGUUGACUGCUGUCUUGGAGGAAACGACAAAUCCUGGACUCUAGACUGCUCUGAUAGAGGUUUCACCGCCCGACACAAAAACAGAUCAACAGACGUUUGUGUCCGUCCCUCCUCCUCCUCCUCCUUGUUCUCCUCCUCCUCUAACAGAGUAGCAGUGUAUCUGGACUGGCCUGCUGGCUCUCUGUCCUUCUACAGCGUCUCCUCUGAUGCUCUGAUCCACCUCCACACCUUCACCUGCACCUUCACUGAACCUCUGUACCCUGGGUUUGGGCUUAACAAUGUUUCUGUGUUUGAGAAAGUAGAGACGAUUGUUGGACUUCGCUUCAGCUCUCCGCUCAGUUCCUCAGUGUCUCUGUGUCUGAUGGAGUAACAAAACACUCACACUGCUGCCCAGAGAAAGCUGCUGAAAUGAUGUACAGGAUCUCUUCACACACACACACACACACACACACACACACACACACACACACACACGUACAUUAAUGUGUGUAUUAUUCUUCUUAUAUUCCCUGUGUCAGACAGCUGAACAUGAU